UCCCUCAGCGUGUGGGAAGGCGGUUUGGUUUGGUCUGUAGCUCAGGGCUGCGCUUUGAACACCUUCAAGAGAAGGAAAAAUAAAGCCACGCAGAAAAGCAAUCUUGUGCAACACAAAAAUCGGCUUCGGGGCUGCAGCGUCAGUGAAUACGGAGUAACCAAUAAAGAUCUGGCUAUUAAAGAACAGCACAGUCAUGAAAAGGAGUUCAGCUGAUGCUUCAACCCGCAGCACAGCAGGUUGUUUGCCUGUGCCUCUCUUCAAUCAGAAGAAGAGAACCAGGCAGCCCCUCACUUCAAAUCCUCUGAAGAAUGAGCCAGGCUCCAGUUCUGCCACUCAUGACUCUUUUUCCUCAUCACUGGGCUGGGGAGCUGCAAACCCAGAAGUUGACGAACUACAGAAGGCAGCAAAUGAAGGCAGAGCAGAUGAUCACAUGGCUCCUUCUCUUAUGAAACCACCAAACGCAUCAAAGUCUAAUUCAGUCAAAGCUGGAAGAAACUUGUAUGCCUUCAGGACAGAAGAGAAGACUCCCAGUACUAAAAUUUGGAACAGAAAUGAGUGUACUCCUGCAAGUAACAGAACAGGUUCCAAUUCUGACAGUGGAACUACUCAAAAGUUUGAGAACCGUUCAAAUAAUUGGAAAACUGUUCAGCAGCAGAAAAUGCCUGAUAGCUCUAAUGCAUCUCAGCAUAUCAGAACACCAGAAACUAGUCAAACACAUUCCACAAAAGGACAGCGGCCAGUGAAACCUAACACUACAUCAAGAAAUCUGCAGGAUUCUGGUCUGGCAUAUAAAUUUAAUAGCAAUAGUCAGCAAAAUAGCAUGAAUGAAAAGCAGUUCGAUUGUGUUCCGGAAGACAAAAGUCAGGAUAUUUCUUCAUUUCAACUGAAACUUAAAGAAAAAAGGAAUUCUUUGCGUAUCAUAUCUGCAGUCAUUGAAAGCAUGAAGCACUGGAGCCAGUAUACGUACAAAACUACACUAUUAUUUGAAGUUUUAGGCACGCUUGAUUCUGCGGUCACAUCUGGAGCAUACGGAGCCAAGAAUUUUCUUUUGAGAGAUGGAACGGAGAGCCUGCCCUGUGUUUUUUAUGAAAUUGAUCGUGAGCUUCCAAGACUAAUUAGAGGUCGUGUGCUCAGAUGCAUGGGAAACUAUGACGCAAAAAGAAAUAUUUUCAAGUGUGUCUCUGUAAGACCAGCAACUAUUCCAGAACAAAACACUUUCCAAGAAUUUGUUAAAAUUGCAGAUGUUGAGAUGACAGCCUAUGUAAAAACAAUGAAUGAAAUUUGAAUGGUAAACGUUGUUGCAUAAAAUUCAUUUCCCCAAACUAAUGCUGAAAAUGUGAUUAAAUAAUUGAAAAUAGUACUCUGUUAUCCAACAAAUGUUAAGGACAGCAUUUCGUUUCCACUAUCACUUUCAUAGUUUAUUUUCUCUAGCUAUCUGUGCAAUAACAGCUUUUGUUAUGUAGUUCAUUAGAUUUUACUGGAGAAAUUCUGAAUUUAAAUGUUGAAGUUGUUUAUAUGUACGUAACUUAUUUGUAUGAACUGUUCCUGCUUAACCAAAGUGAGCCAAAUUCUUUUUUUUUUAAUAAGAAAUGGACAGUGUAAUGAAUUUUAUUUAAAAACAAACAAAGAUCCAUGGAUCCUCUCUGCAGUGAAAACUGCAAGGAGUACCACACUCAUAUCUCUUUUGUCUGCUAUCCCAACUGUAUGUAUCAUUAAAAGCAGACCAGGCUGAUUAGUGGCUUACUAUCUCUCCCAGUCACUGAAGAAAAGACUUAAUAGUAAAACUUUCUUUCAUUGAGGCAUGAGAAGGUGAAACGAGGCAGAGUCACAGGUGGCUAACGAGAAUGAAAAUGGUACCUCCUUUUUCGAGAUGGCCUAAGCCUGUAGGAAUUCUCAAAAAUGUUUUGAGCAUUUCUAAGGGGGUCAAACACAUGCUUCUCUUCUCAAGUAAAUUAUAUACCAACUAUAUGUUCCACCUACUAGACACAUUAUUUUCCCCUUUUGGUGUGGUGUUUUUUUCUGUUUGUUGACAUAGAAACAAGCAAUCAGUCUAGACCUUAACAAACCGUGUGCUGAGAGUGAAAUUUUAUAUUUCUAUGUUCUGUAAUACUUGGCCACACAAACUUAACUCUGACAGCAGUUCAAGUGACUCAGAAAAAAAGAUACUGUCAAUGCUAAUUCACACUGCCAUUGUGUCUUAUCUUCAACUAUUAGAAAUACCUUCAAUACCUGUUUCAGAAUGUUGACUGUGAUGAGUGUUUGGUCAAAGUUUAGUAGCUAACAAAUAUCAACAAAGUUCUUUGUGUAAUUUCAUUAAAAUUGCUCUUUGGUAGAAUGUAAGGUAGUGUAUCUUGCUUCAGUUCCAGUUUCCUCUGAAUAACAACAACACGUGUAAAAGCCCUUCUAGAAAUGAACAUAACAGACAUUGCAGAAAGAUUUCACAGGAUACAGCUGUAUGUAUUAGCUAUUCAUAUGGUUCCCAUUGCUACACCAUCUAAUCAUACUUUUCUUUAAAAACAAUGAAUCAUUAUAACACUUGUUUAAAUGAGCAGCAUACCCUGAAGCUGUAGGAACAUUGUUCAAGGACACGGAGGAAGUUGGAAAGAAAUAAUUACUUGAACACAGAACUUCCUAGCCUUUGCCAUAGGAACAUCCUGUGAGGGAUGGUCCACAUGUUUGUGUCUUUACCUUCAAACAUUAACUUUCAUAGCUUAUUCCUGUUGUUUUUAUUUCCUUUUCCCCUUACUUCAACACUUUGUACCAAAUCUGUUGGAAUUUUUUUUAAGAUGCUAAGAAAAUAGUGACCAGUGAUUUUUUUUUCAAAUUUUUUUAUUAUACAGUGUUGGCAAUUGGAAAUUUCACAUUUAAAAUAAUUGAAGUAUUGUAUCCAACAAGUCAAAUACAGAAAACAGUUAGUAUUCUAAAAAGGAGCCAGCUAGUCAAUGCAGAAACACAUUAAUGGAAAAUACAGCUUUUAGUUACACUUAGAAAAUUAUAUAUUUAGAAUAAAACUUGAACCUGAUCCCAUAAAUUGUUUGACUUUUAACAAGAAAACGCUUUACACAGUUCAACUCGCAGACAGUCUUUAUUUUAAAAAGUGAUCUGUCAGUGUUAGCAUAUGUAUUGUUAGCAACACCCUACUAAAGCUGUCAAUUGAGGAGCUAAAGCAUAUGCUUUACUAACUGUGCUAAGAAUCCCUUGCCUUAUCUCCAUCUUCUGUGCUAAGCUGGUUCUAAGCAUGGAUGUUUGAAGGAAAGUUUUGCCUAUCCAGUUGUAGGGGUCAUAUCCAUAUGCUUGAUUUCCUUAAUGUAUGGUAAAAUAUUAACAAAAUUUCCAAAUGGAGGCAUUAGUUUGGUUCAUAGAAGGAAAUAGAGCCUGACAGUGCUCACAACAAAAGAGGCUGAGUUUAAAGUAGUAAAAGAUUUGGUACAGCAGUGCUGUAAAUUGUGGAACUCCAUUAAAACAGUCAGUUAAAAUUACAAAGGAAGUUUGAGCUAUGGGGCCAGAAUUGCAAGCAUGUGUGUGUUCAACAUCACACAAGUGCUGUAGUCCUAGCAAUUUUGGUCGAAUGAUGGUUCCAGUUCUGCACAUGUGACAGUUAAUAAGCAGUGACGGGAACUGAUUGAUUGUGUUUAGCAGGUAUGGCAUGGAUGUUAAGAAAAAUAUAAAAUCUUACUUUCAGUGUUUAGGUCCUUGCAAUUUUUUUUGCACACUAACAAAUCACUUUUCUAGUGGAACAUUAAGUGACAGUCUUAAACAUUACACAAAACAGAAAAAACCCUAC